UUUUUUUAAUCAUCAUAUGAGCGAUGCAAGAUAUCUCAUCGAAGCAUAUUUGAAUCACCAACGAAAUAUUAAAGAUCAUUAACCCCGGGUAAAUUUUCGUUACUACCAAAGGGGCACUAAGGCAGCAAUUGAAGAGCGAUGAUAUUAUUGACUAUGGAUAGAAAUUUGCGAUUAUUAACACAAAUAUUUGAAUAGUACAUUAUUAAAUUCUUAAUAUUUUUUUAUUAUAUAAAUACUUUUUAAAUAAAUACGCAUACUUAUAAUGCUGUAGCAUUAUAUAUAUUCAAAAUUACAAUUCUUUUUGUUCACUUAUCAUCUCUGUGGAUAAUCAAACUUAAGUGAUAACAUUCAAAUUUUUAAUAAUUGCACCUGCAGAUUGGACGUGGAAACGCUUGCCGCGCGACAAAAUGUGACGCGGCAAGUAUUUCCGCGUCCAGUGUGCAGGAGUCCUAAAAAUCGAAAAUUUGCGAGUUAUAAAUACAUUUAUAAAUAUAUCUACGAAAUGUUAGAAUUACAACAUAUCAUAAAAUUAGUAAUAAGAUAGCAAUACAUUAUUAAUUUCUUAAUAUUAUUCAUUUAAAUUUUAAUAGUCACACGAACUCCCGUAAGGUCAGCGAUCUUUACUAAUGUCUCGUUGGUGACUGAACUUGUUGUUUUGAAAUGGUCGCUUCGUCCGAUUCGUUGGUUGGCCGCAUACUAGUGAAGAUGUGAUUGUAAAUACAUGAAAAAGCGUGGCAGUUAGAAUUUCUGACACAUAUUCCAUCUUAAGUUUGAUCCCCACUAAGCUUUGUAUUCCGCAUGUACCCGUAAGAAUUUAUUACAAAACAUACUGGUACUGUUGUCGUAUAGUCCCUGAACACUUACAAGUGGGACUGGUAUACCACUAACAGAAGAAGAAGAAGAAGAAGGUCGCAUCUGGUCACAUCGUCCCCAUCCAGGAGAAAGCCAUCCAGGAGAAAGAGACGAUUACCAGCAUUUACUGAACUGAAUUAAACUUAAAAUCUCAAGUUUAAUCAAGAUAUUAGCGACAAACAAGCACGUAAUGGCAGCGAAAACAAUUUCUGACGAAAAAGAAGUUGAAAAUAUUGUGAGUCUCCCACAAAAGAAGCAGUCUUCUUUAUGUAUAUCUUCGUCUUCUAAAGGCUAUUGUCAAACGAGCAUUGAGAUGAUUACAUAUGACUAUACAUGGACAAUUAAUAAUUUUACACAUUUUUGUGAUAUGAUGGAAAUAUUAAUAUCUCCACCGUUCCCAAAAAGUGGAGAUAAGCGAAAUCAAUAUGCGAUUAAAAUGGGACUUCCACUUGCUUUUCCAGGCUCCUCUCGAGAAGAUAUAACAUACAAUAUAGAAUUAUAUUUAAUUACUAAGGAACCGUUUAAUGGUUCAUGUACAACUACUAUUAGUUACCCGGCUCACGAAGUAGUAUCAUCAAAAUCAAUUGUGGGUUAUAUAGGAAAUUUAAAAAUGUUAAAUGAAUAUUCGUUUAAACCUCGACCUUAUUCAGAUUCACUUGUAAUACGUUGCGAGAUCAAAAUUGUUAAUCCGAAACACGACAUUUCAAAAGAUAUAUGUGCAGAUUCAUCUUUAAAUUUAUCAGAGGACACUGGAUUUAAUUAAAGAUGAUAAAUGCACAUAUUUGAUUUUAAUGUUUGUACAUCAUAUGUAACAACUACUGAUAACAAAUGUGUAAAAUUAUCAUAAUCGUAUGACUUUACUGUUUGUGAGUUAAUAAUAAAUAAUAACAUGCGUUCAAAAAACUUUAAUUGAGAUAGACAUAAAUUUCUUUCUUAAAUCUUUUUCUUUUACCUUCUGUAAAAGACAGUUUUUAAAGUAGUUACUGGUAGUAUCGCUCAACAAUUUUAAUAUAACAUAAUUUCAAUUGUCUCCUAAUAUAAAUUUGAUAGAUUCUUCAUUCUUAAACUCAUCAAAAGUGAAGUUUUCAAGAAAUUCUAAGUCUUUUGAUAUUGUUAAAAAAGUGGUAAAUCUGCACAUAUAUUUUAAAGUGAUAUUUUUUAGACCAUCAAAAUUUUUAACUCACAAUGUACAAUCAUAUUUAACAGCUACUGAUGCAUAACAAUCAUUUGCUACGUCAUAUUGAGUUUGAAAAUGCUUCAAGCUUAUGUCUUUUGCGAUUUCGGAUAAAGCAGAAUUUUUAGGAAUACAUUUGGCUAUGUUUAUUAAGUUUCAUGUGAAAGAAAUUUCCAAUUAUGAUCAUUUUCAAUUUUCCACCACAAAUAAAUUUUAAGGAGAUAAUGAAGUUAAUAGAAAAAGGUAACACAUAUGAAAUACGUAAACUCAUUACUCCAUUUAAUUCAAUAUCACCAAAUAAAUUAGAAAUUUUCAUUUGUUUCAUAUAAUAAUUAAUGUCUUAGAUAUAAAUUAACAAAACAUGAUAAAAGUAUUUUUCUCAUUUAAUUAACAAACAUGUUUUCUUUCACAAAUAUAUUUUAAUUUCUAAUUGUUAUAUGCAACAAUAUGUAUACUAAUGUUUAACAUGAUUUAAGUAUAUGUUUAUAAGUUAAUCUAAAACGAAAGAAUUUGUACAAACAUAUUUUAAUUAUAGAUAUUUUUAUUUAUAUCAGUAUAUUAUACUAGUAAAAAUAGUACAUAUAGUGUCAGAAUAUUUAGCAAUUAAAACAGCGAAUUGUCUAUCAA